AUGUCCGAUCCAUUAGAAUUAUUGAAAAAAGAUAUUUUGAACAAAGACCAACCAAUUCUUGUAAAGCAAAAUGGUGAAGAUUAUCAAGAAAUUAAAGAUAUAAAUGAAGCUACACAUUUAUCAUUACAAAAUCAAAAAAUAAAAUUAGAUCUUAAUCAAGAAACUAAAUUUAAAAUUGAUGAUAAACCAAUUGAUUUAAGAGCUGUGGCUUAUAGUUGGCUUAAUAAAGAUUUAUCAGCUGCUGAUUUAUUAACUGAUUCUCAAGUGAAAAAUAUUCAAACUUUAACUUUUUUACAAAGAUCAGAUUUAAUUAAUUGGUUAAGUGGUGAAUCAAAUGAAUCAGAAUUUAUUCAAAAUGAUAAUACCAAUUUAGAAAAAGAUCAAGAUUCUUCUCAAACAAAUUCAACAAUUAAUGAUGAUCCUCAAUUAAUUAAAAUAUUAAACAAUGAACGUCAUUUAAUUAAUCAUAAUACAGCAUUAAGAGGUUCAAAACCAGUGGAUUUUAGUAGUGUUGGUCGUGAAUGUGAAAUUAAAAUCGUUAAAGUAUUGAAAAGAAAAGGUACAAAUCCAACAAAAUCCACAAGUACAUCAAAAGAUCAAGAACAAGAUCCAAUAAAGAAAAAAAGACGUCAAAAUCCAAUUAUUUUAAUUUCUCCAGCUGCUUCUGCACUUUUACAAAUUAAUAACAUUAAAGCCUUUUUCGAUGAAUCGAAAUUUGUUAAUCCAAUGUCCAAGGAUCCAAAUGAUCAAGAUUUAUUAAAUUUCCAAGGUGAUUUAAGAAAUAUUACUCAUACUUUCCCUAAAAUUGGUAAACAAACUUUCCUUAUCGUUAAUAAUACUGAUAAAUUUACUAAAGCAGAAUAUUGGGAUAGAGUAGUUGCAGUUUUCACUACAGGUCAACAAUGGCAAUUUAAAACAUAUAAAUGGACAGAUCCUCAACAAUUAUUUCAAAAAAUUAAAGGUUUUUUCUUCCAUUUUAAUGGGGAUUCUAUACCGCAACAAGUUAAUGAAUGGAAUGUUGAACAGAUUGGAUUAGAUAAAACUAGAAGAUUUAAAGAUAUAGAAGUUUUAAAUCAUUUUUGGGAUAGUUUAGAAAAAUCCAUGCUUGCAAAAGGAUGGAAUUAA